AUGACUUUAUUUACAGAUAAAAAAGUCAAGGGCGAUGACGAAUCUGACAAGAGCUCCAUUCGUUUAUCUGAAUCAGUACAGUUCCAACGUGAUGAUAUCCUGAUCUGCGCUACCCAUGGAAAGAUAUAUGCUAUACAUAAGAGAGAUGGUACUAGACUCUGGAGCUCAAAAUUCCCAACGGGCGCGUCAGGUGGUAUAGUCGCACUCUUUGUUACGGACUAUGAUAAACUGAUCGCUGGUGCAAAUGGUAAAACCGCCUGCUUAGAUCUGAUGACAGGGGAGACAUUGUGGGUGAAUAAGAUGCCUGGAUUUGGAUACUCUGAGGUCUCAGUGAUCAGUACACCUAGUCGAUUUUUAUCUCCCAGGGAAGGAUUCCAAAGCGUUGAACCACCUGGAUAUAACGAACCAUCUAACCUGGGAAGACCCAUCAUCCUGGCAGCCUCAAAAGGUAAAAUCAUGGCUAUUGAUAGCUACAGUGGCGAAGAGAUGUGGAGAUACAAUUGCCCAGGCGGCUGGUACAAUAUACCUGUUUCGAUUAUAGAGCCACCCAGUUUAGAGCAUGGACGACCUGAACAACUUGUAUAUGUCGGAGCAGGAAAGUGGGUGUACUGUUUACGAGCACAAACGGGCGAGGUCGUAUGGAGCUGCAAGGUCUCAGGCGCUAUGUUUGGACUGAACUACAUGACACUGGCCACACCAUGGAGCUCUCGGCUUGCUGCUGAAGCAUAUUCUGCAUUUAGUCAAAACCCUAGUGCUCAAGCAAGAGACUGGGAAAGAGAAAAAGAGAGAAAAAAAUCAUUAUACAGAACGAAAAGAGCAACAGAAGCACAGCAGAGAUCAGUUGUGGCUAGCUUUCAAAAUUUCUACGAAUAA